CAGUAGAUUGUAUGUGUGAUAUGUGAUACUGGACUUCAGCCUGCGGAGGGCACCCGGUUCAGUGGCCACAGCUCCUGUGAUAAGCAGAAGAAGAAGCUCGCAGUGCGGCAGUCGUCAGGCGGAGUUGGUCGCUGCUGGCUGAAUAUGGAGAGAGCACGCAGUAGCUAUGUGAUGGUUAGCCACAGAGCCAGGAAGUAGGCUAGCUAUUAGCUAACCUCCAGCUACUACCACUUUGUUUUUGUUGGGCAAACAACCAGCCACAUUUGGACAGGUGUCUGGGCUGGCCAGAACUGUACUUUGGUCAGCAUCUGCACUGUUUGGCCGUAAAUGUGACAGAUCACAUUGCCAACAUAUCCAGCCUCACUAUGGGUCAGGACAGGGGGAAGUAUGAUUUUUACAUCGGUCUGGGAUUGGCCAUCAGCUCCAGCAUCUUCAUAGGAGGCAGCUUUAUUCUCAAGAAGAAAGGACUUCUGAGGCUGGCAAGGAAGGGAUCGAUGCGUGCAGGCCAGGGCGGCCAUGCAUAUCUAAAAGAAUGGCUAUGGUGGGCUGGUUUACUAUCAAUGGGAGCUGGUGAAGCAGCCAACUUCGCAGCAUAUGCCUUUGCUCCUGCGACCCUGGUCACCCCACUGGGAGCCCUCAGUGUGCUCGUCAGUGCGGUGCUGUCGUCGUACUUCCUGACAGAGCGGUUAAACCUGCACGGGAAGCUCGGUUGCCUGCUCAGCAUCCUUGGCUCCACCACCAUGGUUAUCCACGCUCCGCAAGAGGAAGAGAUCAGCAGCCUGGAGCACAUGGCCAAGAAGCUGGUUGACCCAGGGUUUUUUGUCUUUGCCACUCUUGUCAUCAUCGUGGCCCUCAUCUUCAUAUUUGUCGUGGGUCCCCGUCACGGUCAGACCAAUAUCCUUGUCUACAUCACCAUCUGCUCAGUAAUUGGGGCGCUAUCAGUGUCCUGUGUCAAAGGACUGGGGAUCGCCAUCAAGGAAGCGAUCGCCGGGAAAAGCGUAGCGAGGAACCCACUGGCAUGGAUCUUGCUUUUGGGUCUGGUGGCCUGUGUGAGCACACAGAUCAACUACUUGAACAAGGCUCUGGACAUAUUCAACACCUCCCUGGUGACUCCCAUCUACUACGUGUUCUUCACCACAUCGGUGCUCACCUGCUCUGCCAUCCUCUUCAAGGAGUGGGGGCACAUGGGCGCAGACGACGUGAUCGGCACCCUCAGUGGCUUCCUCACCAUCAUCGUGGGCAUCUUCCUGCUCCACGCCUUCAAAGACAUUAGUGUUAGCUUGGCCUCUCUCGCUGUGUCCAUGAGGAAGGACGAACGGGCUUUUCCCACAGCCAACGGCAUGGCGUCCCACUAUGACCUGCUACGUAACGAGUCCACCGAGAACAUGGAGGACAGAGAAAUGGGCUUGCCUUCUGACAGCGUCUCUAGAAGGAAUGGGGCAAUGACUUCCUCAUUGGAUCAUUAAGGCUUUUUGUUUGUUUGUUUCCAGCUGCCUACUGACUCACCAACCAUAGCAUUGUUGUUAAAUAAGACAACAAUAAGACAAUCAACUGUAUGGGGAAAGUGACUUGGACAGACCAGUGGAUUGUAUUAAUGUUUUCAUUCUCAGAAUAUGACCUGGUCGUAUUCAGUAACUGUUAGAACUUAAUUUCAUUCCUCUGUAGCGCUGAAAGUUAUUUUUGUUUUAAAGAAAUGUUUUGUUAUAUGUACAUGCAUAUUCAUGCACUGACUUACUUUCUAUAAAUCAAUCCGAUAAUAGUUUUAAUAUAUAUUCUAUGAGGUCCUGCUGACAAUGACAUUAAAGAGACAGUCGCUAUAAUUUGGAGUUUUUCAUACUUGAAAGUGACAACAAUUUUAGUUGGAAGUAGUUUUUUUUGUAGUGUUUACAUGAAAAGCUCGAGAUGAAGACAGAUUUGUUACAUAUUUAUUGAAUUAAAAUGAUUAAAACAUUUGAAACACAAGGCACAGUGAAUAAAUGCUUAACAUGA